UAUCUGCAGUUCAAUUGUUCGCACUUGUGGAUUAUUUGUUUGUGAAAUCCGUGUUUUGUCGUCAAAAAUAGCCAAAGUUCAAUCACCUCGCCGGUCGCUUUCGAAUCAGUUAGUCGACAGAAUUCGACGAAAAUAUCGACAACCCACACCCAACCGGAGGCAUGAGGCAAAAUUGCUGGCACAGGCGAAAUCAUCCUACUGUACAGAGCCGAUUUCAGCGACCAGUCUUCUCAAUUUCCGCAAUCUUAAUGUCUAUGUAGUCGGUGAGGUCGGGCAUCCGAAAGCGAAAAUUGUUCGCAUUGUACAUAUCUCCGAUACCCGAGGUACUCAUACGGCACAAGGAGAACAGAUUCCACAAGGGCACAUCCUGAUUCAUUCGGGCGAUUUCGUUUCCUGUCCACCGUCACGUGGUCCCCGAUUACCUGUUUGGUGUCACCGUAUCGGGGACCGAUUAGCUCGCCUGUUUGGCGCACGACGCAACUCCUUGAUUAGCAAUUGGCGGCAUCAGGUGGAAGAGUUGGAUCGGUUUUUCGCUCAACAACCGCAUGACUACAAAAUAUUCAUUCCAGGUUGUUGGGAAAAUUGGCGAUCCAACCCGAACUACCGACAGGAUGCUCCCACACCGGAAAAAAUCCAAUCAAUUUUAAAAUCGGCUAUUUAUUUGGAAGAUGCUUCAUGUCAUAUACUCGGAUUAACUAUCUACGGAACUUCAUGGACUGCCGCGGAUGAUUUGCGUUCCGAGGAUGGGACGUUUGCCGGAAGAAAUUGGGGUCGAUUGAUCCGAAUUGGAGAUCACCGCAAACGUCGUUCUGACCGAACCGCACCUAUCACUACUACGACCACCACUGAGCCUGUUGCCAGCCCCUCGGUUGAAGUGUCUUCCAUGCCUCCAGUCCCCACUUACACAGAUAAUCGGGCUCACGGAUUUGUAUUACCCGAUAUUUCUGAUGUAGCCGAUCGUUGGAAAUAUAUCCCCGAUUGUGCCGAUAUUGUGGUCACUCACAUGCCCGCUUGGCGUCCGGAAUUAUUCACACAUAUUGCUGAUCGUGUGAAGUGA